AUGACAUUGCCUAACGGGAUAAACUCGAGUCAUGAGCUACUCGAGGCUCAAGCCCACAUUUGGAAUCACACCCUAUGCUUCAUAACCUCAAUGUCUUUAAAAUGCGCCGUCGAGCUAGGCCUCCCCGACAUCAUCCACAAACACGACGGCCCCGUCACAAUCUCCCAACUAACCGACGCCCUCAACAUCAACGGCUCGAGAUCCCCCUGCUUAUGUCACCUCGUGCGCGUGCUGGUCAACUCCCAGCUGCUAACCAAAGUCAAAGUCACUGACACGGAGGAUGGCUACUGUCUAACCCCGGCCUCCCGCCUCCUCGUGACAAAUGAGCCCCUGAGCAUGGCCCCGUUUGUGCACAUGACGCUCAGCCAGGUCCUCACUGACCCGUGGCACCGUCUUAGCGAGUGGUUCUCGAACGACGACCCCACGCCCCUGGAGACGACCCAUGGUGUAACGCUUUGGGAUAUUGCCGCUAACGAGCCGGGGAUAAAUCGGUCUUUUAACGAGGGGAUGGCUAGUGAUGCGCGGCUAACGGCCAGUGUGAUCGUUAGGGAGUGGGGGCACGUAUUUCGAGGGUUGGGGUCGGUGGUGGAUGUGGCGGGUGGCACAGGGGCUAUGGCCGAGGCUAUAGCGGAUGCCUUCCCGGGCUUGAAGUGCAGCGUGCUCGAGCUUUCGCAUGUGGUGGAUGGGUUGGAAGGGACUCCAAAUUUGAGCUUCGUUGGUGGGGAUAUGUUUCAGUCUAUUCCUCAAGCUGAUGCAGUGUUCAUGAAGUGCGUGAUGCACGACUGGGCGGACGAGGAUUGUGUUAAAAUACUAAAGAGAUGCAAAGAAGCUAUACCGAGUAGAGAGAAUGGAGGGAAGGUGAUAAUAGUGGAGAUUGUUGUGGAGGAGGAGAAGAAAGGGAUUAAUGAUGAGGCGAUGGCAGUGGAUACUCAGCUCUUUUUUGAUCUGGAGAUGAUGGUUUUGGUCGGGGGAAAGGAAAGAACCGAGAAAGAAUGGACGAAACUCUUUUACGAAGCCGGCUUCACGAGCUACGAGAUUAACGCGCGUGUACUGGGACGGAGGUCGCUCAUCCAAGUUUAUCCAUAA